GAGUGAGCGGUCCGCGCUGGAGAGAGGAGCGGCGGAGGAGGAUGACGACCUGAACGGCCGUGUUUACCGAUCCGGCGCUCCGCUCGCUGUCCCGCUGAAGAGCGUUUGGUACUGAUCGGAUCGGAUCAGCGCGGCACUCCAAUGAUGAGCUUCACUAGAACUGUCCUGCACUGGAAUGGACUGUGGCAAACAUGUGUGUUGCCAUGGUGAUUAUUCACACUAAAACACUGGAAAAGAAGGCCGUCGAUGAUGUAGCAUCCACAGAGUCUCUGCAGCUGCGUGAGCCGCCGACCAUGAGCCAGGGGACGGCCCUCUUCUCCUGCGGGAUUAUGGAGUCUGGACGCUGGCCGGAGGUGUCGCGGCCCGUGGGCUCCAGUCUGGAGAGUCUGUGGGACAGUGUGCGAGAGACGGGCGCCAGCGGCGGGAUCAGCGGUCUGCUGCACGAUCUGAGUCUGAGUGAAGCGCCCUCUGCUGGCAGCGCCGCGCCGCCCAGUAAACGCCAGUGCCGCUCGCUGUCCUGCUCGGAGGAGCUGGGCUGCCGCUCCUCGUGGCGUCCGCAGGGGUCACGCGUCUGGAUGGCGGUGGAGAAACGGCGCUGCCUCAGCGGGGGGAGUGUUCAGCGCGGCGCCUUCGCUCCGGCCGGGUUUCCCUCCAUGCAGCGCAGCUCCAGCUUCAGCCUUCCGGCACGCAGCGAUCCGCCGGAGCCCUUCGGCUUCUCUUUCUCCGCGUCCCCGCAGACACUCUACCUCUCGCAGGAGCGGAUCUGCCCCGCCGAGUCUUCGCCCGACUCCACGCCCGAGCUGCAGCGCCGCAGACAGGGACUCGCCCGCAGCCGGUCACAGCCCUGCGUCCACAACCACAAGAAGACCGGCGUGAAGCGCAGGAGACCGGCAGACUCUCACAAACACAGGCCUUCACUGGACCUGCUCAAGAUGACACAGAAGCUACAGGACUUUCACAGUCUCAGCUGUCCAGGAAUCACAGGAGACGAGCAGACGAUGCUCCACAGCGAGAGUGACCAGCACCAGACCAAAGACCCAUACCAGGCCAGCUAUGGGAAGGAGCGUGAGUGUCUGUGGGCGGGGCUCUGCAGCCGGAGGGGGCGGGACUUGCUCCAGCUGGGAGGAGAACUGGACAUCGAGCAGAUCGAGAGGAACUGAAGAGAUUCCUGUUGGAUGAUUAUGGAUGAGCGCUUCAGUGAGUGGAUGCGGGACACGUCUAAUCGACUCAGGGUGAAGCAGACGGAGAAUGUCACGUCUUCAGAGCGUGAGCCGAGCUCCGCAUGCAUUUAGAUUAGCAGGAGCCGACGUGAGAAACACUCGUGCUCUCACACACACACACACACUCACACUCACACACACUCUCACACACACACACACACACUCACUCACUCAAACACACACACACACGUGUUAAAGGGCUUCAGAUGUGUAACAGUAGUAAUAUCAGGUAAUUGAGUUCCUCACUGGU